AUGGAAGCCCUCGUUGCCUCCGACAACACUCAAAGCACGGACGGCCGGCCAUCGUCGUUGUCGCUCGCUGAACCUGAACCGUCCGUCUGUCUCCACGUGGCGUUGCCUGAUGGCUUCUCCCUCCCCGCCGCCGUUUGCAGCUACGGAUUCUUUAUGAUGGCGCCGACCGUCUGGAUUCCGCCACGUGUCAGUGAAUCAACGGCACAAGAGGGGCUGGGAGUGAAGAGCGAGGCAGAGGAGGCGGCGGGAGAACCAGGGAGCGCGGAAGGAGGCAGGCGGGAGGCGGGGGAUGGGCGGGAGGGGGCGGAGGGGAGCGGGACGGCCGAGAGGAAAGGGCUCGAUGAGGAGGGGGAGCGGGGGAGCAGUGGGAACGCAUGGGGAGGGGGAGAGCAAGCAUGGGGAGCGAUGGAGCGGCCGCUGAGGCUGGCUGAUGGGCGAGCGGUGAUGGUGCGAAUCACACAGCAUGGCGCUGCUGACGUUACACACCAUGGCGCUGCUGACGUCACACAGCAUGGCGCUGCUGACGUCACACAGCAUGGCGCUGCUGACGUCACACACCAUGGCACUGCUGACGUGACACAGCAUGGCGCUGCUGACGUCACACAACAUUGCAGUGCUGACGUCACACAGCAUGACGCUGCUGACGUCUUGGAACGUUCCAGUGGCGACGGCAGCGCGGGCGUGAAGGAGGAGCCUGUUGACGCCCUGUGCGACACGCAUGCCCCCACCGCCAUCAGAAGCGCCACUGCUGAUGCUGCUGCUGCUGGCAGUGGUACGAGAGUGGCGGUGCGGCAAGGCACAUGGCUGCGAGUGAGGGUGAUGGGGUUGGCGCGCAUCACUACAGCGGACCAUGCACACCUGCUCGUGAGCCCUUGGACAGUCCAUCCAUGCACCGCGGGCCUGCUAACCACCCCUUGUCAUCCCUCUCCUCCGCUGCUGCUUGCUGCUCCCCUCACCCUUCUUGCCCCCUCUGCUCGCCACGCCUUGCCAUCCUCGCCCGCCCUCACCUCUCAUCCGCCCCACACUAGAUCCGUCCCUCUCAUCCCGCGCGCUGUCCUCCCUACGCGCAUCGCCGCCAACCUCACGUGCACCCAUUGCCGCACCUCCGUCCCGCCCGCGCCUGCCCUCUCACCACCCCUGCAGGCGCAGGUGAGGCGCAUGCUGCGGCUGUCAAGGCGCAGCUGCUGUGCAACUGUGAGUGAAGGCGCAGCUGCUGUGCAACUGUGA